UCGGAAAGCUUGAAGGUGAAACACCGAUUAUUUAUGAUUUCCAUGGAUUUCCAGAAGAAUUAUACAGACAAGAAUAUCAUAGUAAAGGUUCACCAAAAUUAGCUGACAGAAUCGUUGAUUUGUUAACAAAGGCUAAAUUCAAAGCGACAGUUGAUACGACUCGUGGACUCGAUCAUGGAGUUUGGGUGCCUUUUAAGGUAGCGAUUCCUGAACCGAAAGACUUGCACAAACAAGCGCAUCCAACCGAUGAUCAUUUAGUUCCUAUUCAUGUCGCAGCCGGUGCCGCAGGGCAGUAG